UCGACGAUUUCCACAGACUGCUCCGAGUUGUCCGGUGUGAGUCUUGCAGCGGACACCUCCUCAUCGGACUGGCGCUUUGAGGAAGGUCUCAAGACAAUGAUGGAGCUAAUGUCCACUACCCCUUUCUAUCACAUCAAUGCAACAGAUGCCACUGGAAGAAAUGGUUCUUUGUAUGAUGACGACGAGUAUGACUAUAAAGAUGAACAUGCUGAGCUGAGACAGUCUCUCAACAUCAUGUCUCUCAUUGUUUACUGCCUGGCCUUUGUUCUUGGUGUGCUCGGUAAUGGAGUGGUUAUCUGGGUGACCGGGUUCAAGAUGAAGAAAACUGUUAACACAGUUUGGUUCCUCAACCUCGCUGUGGCCGACUUCCUCUUCACAGCAUUUCUGCCCCUGAGUGUGACAUACACAGCUAGGGACUUCCACUGGCCUUUCGGCAAGUUCAUGUGCAAACUCAACAGCACUAUAAGUUUUCUGAACAUGUUUGCCAGUGUCUACAUUCUGGUGGUGAUCAGUGUGGACAGAUGUGUGUCUGUGGUGUGGCCCGUCUGGGCCCAAAACCACCGAAGUGUACGCAAGGCGUCCUUUGUGAGUCUGGGUGUUUGGGUUCUGGCUCUGAUUCUCAGCGCUCCAUACUUCAUCUUCAGGGACACUGGGUCAUCAUAUAACAAUGACGACAUUAUCAACUGCUUCAACAACUUUGCUUUUUCUGAUGACUAUGAAACACCGUCUGUGAAUCAGCUACGACAGUUUCGUCAUCAGGCCAUGACCAUCACCCGCUUCCUCCUGGGAUUUGUUGUUCCCUUCACUGUCAUUGUCUCCUGUUAUGCUGUGAUAAUCCAUCGUCUCAGAAGAAACCGUACCCUGGCCAGCCAAUCAAGUCGCCCCUUUAAGAUCAUCGCUGCAGUUAUCACCACUUUUUUCCUGUGCUGGGCUCCUUAUCACAUCAUGGCUUUAAUAGAGUUGGUAAACCACAUGGCUAGUCAUGCAAGUGAAACAUUAGACCAUGUCACCACUAUCGGAGUCCCUAUAGCAACCAGCCUGGCCUUUCUCAACAGUUGCCUGAACCCACUGCUGUAUGUGUUCAUGGGCCAAGAUUUCAAAGAUAAAGUCCGCAAAUCCAUCCUGAAUGUUUUGGAGACUGCCUUCCAGGAAGAGGUUUCUCGUUCUUAUACCUACACAAACUCAAUGGUUACCAGUCGGAGCAAAGAAAAGUCUGUUUCUGAUGCCGAGGUAUAAGGUCGUCCAUGACAUAAAUAAACAAAUACUGUAACUGUACAUAGCAAAUGUAACUGUAUAUAACAAAUAUCUCCAGCUGUUGUUGUUUUAUAUUCCCUCAAGGCGAUCUGUAUACAUUAUCUGAAAUUGAAACAUUUCACCUGUUACCAUUUGAUUGAUAUACUGAAGGGUUUUUAUUAUGAUUGGAAACUUGACAUACAGCUUUCACCGUGUUUAAAGUCUGGUAGAGCAGACAAGUGGUAAUAUUACACAAUAACUUCUAGUUCCAUUUGUGAUGCAUUUGUGGGAUAAAACAUUUUGAAAUUAUAAUAAUAAUAAUAAUAAUAAUAAAGCUUAUUUAUAUAGUGCUUCACAAGGGAAAAAACAAGGGAGAAAACAGAACAUACACAAAUAAAUAAACACAUGCAGACUAAUGCAGACUAAUUUGCCCAAAUUGAAUAACCUGUAGAGCAAGUGGCUACAUUUAUCUUUUGAGAAACAAUGGUGCCUCUUCACUGCACAGUCCUCUUAUUUGCAUUUUGACUCACCUUCAGUCUGUACCAUACUAGACCUAGUGGAUACGUAAUGUGCCAUCUUCUUUAACAAGAGAAACCAGUCAUAAUUUCAAAAUAGGUAUUAUAUCAGUUUAUGGUUUAAUUUGUGCAAUACAAGCAACAAACAUAUAACAUUUAGUUGGCAAAGGGAACUUUAUGUUUUUCAUCUGUCACAUACACUCCAGAUGUUGAUUACUACAGAAUAUCCCUGCCUGUAUGUGAUGUCAAAGAAAACAAGCAACAAAAGUGAAAGUGAGGUGGGCAGCUACUUCACGUAAUUAUACUAGUUUAGUUUAAUUAAUUCUGUCUGUAUAGUAAUUUUCAUUAAGUAAAUCACCCUGUAAUGUCUAUUUCUUAUGCCGCCUGCCAGGUGGCAAUACCAGAAAGUGAUUUAACGGAUUUUGACUGCUCCAUGUCUUCUGCAUGCUUUGAUAAAUAUAAAUGGUUUCUUUUUACAAUUGUUAUUCAGCACUAGGACAGGCUAAUAUAAGACCAAUAAAUACCUUAAUAGUGACUUUGAGAUUAUUAUGCUUAAAGUAGCAGCUGCAUUGUAUACUUGGCUUGGUGUAACCUUUGGAUCACUGUUUUUUUGGGUUAUAUGUCUGAUAUGUGAGUACAUGCAUAUUGUGCUAUAAUCUGAAAGUUUUAAUGUAUCAUUUCCCCCAUUUUGCUACAGAUGAUUUUCAUUAUCAAUUAAUCUGCCAGUUUCUGGAUUUUCUCUCAAUAAAGCACAUGUUUUUAUAAAGGAAAUAGCAAACAAUUGUCAUUCCCACUUUCCCAGAGUCCAAUGUGACAUCUACAAGUGUCUUAUUUUGUCUGAACAGAAAAAAAACUAAGAUAUUCAGUUUACUGUGAAAAAAGAUCAAGAAAAAACACCAAGUAUAAACAUUUUAGAAGCUAGAACCAGUAAAUAUUUGGCAUUUGUUCCCCAAAAAAUAAAUUAAAAGAUCAGUUAUUAGUCGACUAAUUGAAUGGAAAAAAAUUGGAAUGGCAUACAUAUUCUAUGUACUCUAUGACUUUGAUAUAUGUGGCAUAUUGUGAUUUAACAACCUCUCUUUUGAACCUCUCUAUGAAAGAUUUAUUGUGAUGUAACCAAUGAUAAUUUGAUUGUUUUUUAGCCUCAGUGGACAACUCUACCAAGAGUCCAUAAAUGGUGAUAAUAAUGUUAUUGUGGUUCUUGUUAUUACCAUUAUUUCCAUUAUUAAAAUAUUGUAUGGA